CGGGCUCUUAAUCAAGCGGAAUUGGGCAGGACUGAGCCGAACGGCGAAGUCAGGAGAAGGGCACCAGAAUUGAAAGACAUCCAGGGAAGACGGUAUCCCGGCAGCUUUCCGGUUCUUCCCAUGUCGUCGGUGUACGUAUUGGAGCCUCCCACGAAAGGGAAGGUGGUUUUGAAUACGACAAUGGGUCCAGUCGACAUCGAGCUAUGGCCCAAGGAAGCCCCGAAGGCCGUCCGUAACUUCAUACAACUGUGCCUCGAGAACUACUACGACGGCACCAUCUUUCACCGGAUCAUCAAGUCAUUCCUAGUCCAGGGAGGAGAUCCCACCGGAACCGGAACCGGCGGUGAAAGCAUCUACGGAGCUACCUUUGCUGAUGAGUUCCAUUCGCGCUUAAGAUUUAACCAUAGGGGCUUGGUGGCAUGCGCUAAUGCUGGUUCUCCCCAUUCUAAUGGAAGCCAAUUUUUUAUGACAUUGGACAGAUGUGAUUGGCUUGAUCACAAAAACACUAUAUAUGGAAAGGUUACUGGAGAUUCCAUUUAUAAUUUUCUCAAGUUGGGUGAUGUUGAAACGGAUAAAGAUGACAGGCCAAUUUAUCCAGCUCCAAAAAUUCUUUCUGUUGAGGUGUUGUGGAAUCCUUUUGAUGAUAUAGUCCCGAGGCAGGUCAGGCUUGUUCCUCCAGCCAAGUCUGAUAAUGAUCAAAAUGAGCAAAAGCAAAAGGCUAUUAAGAAGCUAAAUGUAUUAUCCUUUGGGGAUGAGGUUGAAGAGGAUGAGAAAGAGACAAAAAGCAUCAAGGAUAAGAUUAGGAGCAUUCAUGAUGUGUUGGAUGAUCCCUGUUUCCUUAAAGGAGAACCAACAGAAGAUCAGAUGAAUUCUGUGGAAAUUGAGAUUAAGAGAGGAAUCCAGCUGUCAGUCAGGGAGGCAUUAACCUCAAAGAGAAAUGGCCCCAAUAAAGAUAAGGAAAUUGAUAUGCCUUAUUCUAUUGGCCAUGAUGAUGAUGAUGAUGAUGAUGAUGAUGAUGAUGACAAAUUUGAUGCAAAAAUGCGCUCACAAAUUCUAAGAAAACGCAGGGAACUAGGAAACAUUGUUUCUGGUGAAAAAUUUUCUGCAUCUGGUGGAAGUAAAUCCACCAAGAAUGGCAGAGUGCCAUCUCCAAGGGUAGAUGAUGAUGAUGAAAAUCGUGCCGGCCGCUCUACAUCCAAUGUUGAAAAGCUCUCUGUAAAGAAAAAAGGUAUUGGGUCAGAAGCUAAGGCUGAACAAAUGGCUCGAGCAGACUCUGAUUUACAGUUGCUAUCUCAUGCUGAGCAAGAAAGGCAGAUACUGAAACAGAAGAAGCGUAGAAAUCAGGGGCGUGAGGAAGAUACACUAGAAAGGCUAGAGAAAUUCAAGCAAUCUUUAGCUGACAAGCUAUCUGCACCUGCUCGUAGUAACUUGAAGGACAAUGAUAAGGAUGAGUCAGGGUGGCUUCUGAAUCAGUUGAAGUUUGCUCCUAAUCAUUCCGAGGGAAAUGUACUUCUCUUUCAGGAUGCAAUGGCUCGGAAGGAUGAUCCAAAUGAAUAUGUAGUGCAUGAUCCUCUUCUUGAGAAAGGCAAAGAAAAGUUCAACAGGAUGCAAGCUAAGCUUAAGCGGCGUGAGAGAGAGUGGGCCGGAAAAUCCCUAACCUGAUUGUUUUUAGCAUCUGAUGUUUGCAUAAUGAUUUGGCACCUGUAAUUCUCUAUAUCUUGCACUUGUUUCUUCUUAUGUUCUGCUAAUGCUUAUUAAUUCUGCCUUUAUGUGGACUUAAUUUGUUUAAUUACGUAUAAAAGC